AUGGUCAAUAUAAAUCCCAUCUCGACGGUCUCCAGAAGUUCGUUGAUUGGCGUUGGAAUAGCAUGUGGUGGAAACAUAUUGAUAAGUCUGGCUUUGACAUUACAAAAGCUCGCCCACAGGCGGAACCAAGAAGCUGCUUCUGGUCACUCAUCUUCCAGCCAUUCUGAGGAAGAGGACGAUACGAACGGAGAGAACCAUACUCUGACGCAAAAUGGUAAUGACGGAAAUGCACAUUCCCCUAUACUCGAAGAAGAGACUCCUUGUCCAUCUCCUCGACGGACCAUCAUACCGGCAGAAGUAACAGAAGCGACCGUCGUUCCAGUCAAACUAUCUUCUCAGCCAGCUUCCAGCUCCAGCUCCAAUAGAAGAUCACCUUCACCUUCACCUACACCUCUGAUCAUACCUCGAGCCCCAACGAAGCAUGUUCAACUGAAUUCACCCAUACCUUCCCACCAUAUACCCGACCACGCAGAGGAUGAGGAUGAGGACGAAGGACUACCACAUAAAGAAGGAGAGGUAAAAGAAGGUGAAUAUUUGAAAUCAAGACUAUGGUGGCUUGGACAAAUCCUCAUUACUAUUGGUGAAGGAGGUAAUUUCUUAAGUUACGGAUUCGCUCCUGCUAGUGUGGUGGCUCCGUUAGGUACAGUCGCUCUGAUAGCAAAUUGUAUUUUCGCUCCAUUGAUAUUAAGAGAGAAGUUUCAUAAACGAGAAUUGUUCGGGAUGGCUCUUGCUAUUAUAGGUGCUAUCACAGUGGUAUGGAGUUCGAAUGGAUCCAAUCCUAGACUGAACCCUUCUCAACUAAUUGCCGCUCUGAAGAGACUUCCAUUCAUAAUCUACACCCUCAUCACCGUCCUCCUCCUCAUCACACUUGUCAUCCUAUCAAACACAUCCUACGGCCAUCGAUACCUUCUAGUAGAUAUCGGAGUUUGCACUUUAUUCGGUGAAUAUACAGUCCUAUCCACCAAGGCGUUAAGUUCUUUAUUGUCAAACGAUUUUUUCGGCUCUUGGAAUUAUGGAAUUACGUGGUUCCUUGGAUUAAUGGUCGCUCUGACGAGUAUCGGGCAAGUAAGGUGGCUGAACAGGGCUUUAAUGAGGUUUCAAAGCAAGGAAGUCAUACCUACUCAAUUCGUUUUCUUCUCCUUGGCUGCAAUAAUUGGCUCUGCGGUACUAUACGAAGAAUUCAAAGAUGUUUCAUUCUCGAGUUUUGUCAAUUUCGCGUUUGGCAUUGCCACAACUUUCCUGGGUGUGCACCUACUCACUUCUUCAUCCUCAUCCCAAGAUCAUACCUCCGACCAAUCCGAUACCGAGUCAGUUCGUCCUGGUCAACCCCAGCGGGCGUCGUCUUCAGCAUCGUUAAAUCUGCUUUUACCAUCCGCUGCAUCCACCUCGAACGGAGAAAGAGCACCAUUACUCAUAAGUUCACCUAGUACAAGCUUACAAACUCCCUUGUCGCAAGCGAAUAACAAAGCACCACUGUACGGGACUACGCCAUCUGGGAAUCAUAUGGUUAGAUUAGUGAGGAUAGGAUCUAGUGAAUUCUCUCCAGCACUGGGAAUAGGCAGUCAAGCUGGUUUGCUUUUGUUGGCUACUACCCCUCCGAGUGUGGGAUCGAUAGGAAGAGGUAGGAGUUCGAGUAGGACGAUGCCUACGCUUGGCACGUUUACUUUGGGAGAUGAAGAGAGAGCGACCAGUAGAGAAAGGGAAAGGAGUAGGAGGAAUACUUCUGCUUCGAGGAGGAAUGGAACUGAUAGAUGA